UUUUCAACCCAUCCCGAGCUCGUCUCAUUCGGAUCCAGACCCGUAUCCGGCAAAAGCCCACCCAUUUUGGCAGCUGCUCCUAAAGCUUACUGUAUUGUGCAUAUUCUCCAGUUCUCCACCACAACCGCCAUUCAAGAAAUCUCAAACACUCCAAUUUUGAUCGCCGGAAUCAUCAUUUUAUCGGUAACUUUCUGUCAGGGCAUUCUCCUAAAGCUUACCGCCAAUCAAGAAAUCUCAAACACGCUAAUUGAUCGCCGGAAUCAUCAAUUUGUCGCAGCUUGAAUUUCUUGUUAAUUUGAUCGAUUGUAAGAGACAAACACAUCAGUAAUUUGAAUGCACCAAUGUCGAGUUCUGUGUUUGAGGAUAAGGGUUGGUGGCACCUUACAGAGGAACAGUUAGAGGAGUUGCUGCUCACGAGUUUGGAGUUUUUGUAUAAUCUGGCGAUAAAUAAGCUUGUUGAAUUUGGUUAUGUUGAGGAGGAGGCACUCAAUGCAAUCUUAAGGAAUGGGCAUUGUUAUGGUGAAAUGGAUGUUUUGAAUAACAUUUUGCGCAAUUCUUUGGCUUAUCUGCAUAGUGGCUGCAUUAAUUGGAUUUCGGGGGAUCCGGUGCCUUCGUUUACAGACUUGAGGCAGCUGCGGGAGUAUUCGCUUAUGGGAUUGGUUUCUUUCUUGCAACGAGAAAAGCCCCAUCUGACCAAGGAUGAUGCAUUGUGGAGUAUACUGAUGAGUGUUGUCCUUGUUGGUAAUGCAAGUGCAAUGGAAAUAGCUUUGCAGAGAGAGAUUGAGUGUCCAAAGAGAUUUAACCUCAGUCCGUUAAUGAAGUGCAUGUUGAAGAGGGACGUUAUGAUGUUUGCUGCAGGAUUUGGGGGAAUUCCGAAGCGGUUUCAGAGCCAAUCACAAGCCUGUCCUGGUUCUUUAUCUGGUGGGUGUGGUACGGCGGCUGCAGUUCCAGAUGGGAACAGUGUCGAGCCCCAGUGUGCCAAGACUCAAGAUGUGGUUAACUCGGCAGUGAGUAAGUUUCGGAACUUCAAUUGUGAUGAGAAGAACACUGGACAAGUACCAUUGGAUGAACAAGAUUUCAUCAUCCUUAUUUUGGUCUAUCAGAUUACGUACUUAAAGAAACAGGUGAAGGAACGUAAAGAGUGGGCUCACCAGAAGGCGAUCCAAGCUGCAAAAAAGCUCAGUUGUGAUUUCACUGAACUGAGGAAGUUGAGAAUGGAGAGAGAGGAGACUCGGCGCCUGAAAAAGGGCAGGAAAACGCUUGAUGAUACUACCCUGGAAAAGGUCACUGACAUGGAGAAUGCUGUAAAGAUGGCUAAUGAUCAAGUAGAUGAUCUAAAUGGUCUUGUUAAGAAGCUUGAGACAAAAAAUGCAGAAAUUAGAGCAGAGAUGGAAGCAUCUAAACUAAGCGCAUCUGAAUCGGUCUCAUCCUGUUUGGAAGUAGAGAAGAGGGAGAAAAGGUGCCUUAAGAGGCUUCUGGCAUGGGAGAAGCAGAAAACUAAGAUGCAGGAAGAUAUUGCCGCAGCGAAACAGAAGAUCUCAGAGUUACAGGAGGAACUGGCUCAGGUCGAGGCAGCCACAAAGGAAACUGAGGCAAAGUGGAGGCAGGAGCAGCAGGCUAAAGAACUAGUUUUCACACAGCUGGAGAAUGAGCGGCACCUUAAAGAAGCUUCUAAGGCUAAUAACAAAACAAGGCUUGAGGAUCUGCGCCGAAAGAAAAAGAUAAAUUUCCAGCGCCACAAAGAUGAUCUCCAGCGCCUUGAGCAAGAAUGUGAUCGCCUUAAAGAGUCGGCACAGUUAACAGAGGUGGAAAAUGAUUUUUGGACAGAAGCUUAUAUACUGCAAGACUGUUCAAAAAAGAAGGUCAGAUGUGAUAGGGUAUGCGUGAUUUGCACGAGACAUGAAGUUUCUGUUGUUUUUCUUCCUUGCACUCAUCAGGUGAUCUGUGCAAACUGUAACGGAAACUAUGGAAAGAAAGGUAAAGAUACAUGUGCAUAUUGUGGGAUUCCGAUUGAAGAAAGGAUUCAAGUUUUUGGUGCAAGCUCGUAGGUACAGUACAAGAUCCGAAGGUGGUAUACGUGUCUUUAGUUUUUAGCUUUACUGGUUCGUUGCCAGAAACCAGCAUGGAUAUACGUGUAUAAAUAGCAUAGUCAUAUGCGGCUUGUGCAUUUGCUACAUGAUACUCUCCUACUUUCUGUGGGAAGAAGGCUAUUCUGAUCUUUGCAAUAAGCAGCUAAUACAUAGAAACAGAUUUUGCAUCUUCGUUGGCUAAAUGUGGAAGAUAUGGAUAUUGGUGUUAGCCAUGGCGAUUUCUUAUAGAAAGAAUUUGCAAAAUUUAGGUAAUGGAAUUGGAAUCGGUGGAUUUUCUGAUUUAUUUAUAAUUUGAAUGCAAUUUAUUUUAUAAAAAUAAUUUGGCCAAAAUUUAUUUAAUCAUUAAUUUUUGUUAGAAUAGUUAAAACUGGGCCGAUUUAUAUUGUUUGGAAUCAUAAACUAUUGACUUCAUGUGUAGUACUAAAAAAGUA